CGAGCAAGACAGCAGCGCGUCAUAAACAAGACAAUGUGACUUGGACUGCCAUCGGAAAUUGAGGAGUGACUUGUGCCGUUUAUUUACAAAAGAAACAGAGGAUUAUGGCCACUAAGAAGAAAGUGAUAGUGACUGGGUUUGAACCUUUUGGAGAGCACACAGUAAAUGCCAGCUGGGUGGCGGUACAGGAGUUGGAGAGGCUUGGUCUGGGUGAAGCCAUAGACCUUCAUGUGUGUGAGGUGCCUGUCGAAUACGAGGCAGUUCAGAGCCUACUGCCAUCACUAUGGAAACAGCAUCAGCCACAGUUAGUGGUCCAUGUUGGUGUUUCUGGUUUAGCGACCACAGUUACUCUGGAGCAGUGUGGCCACAACCAGGGCUACCAACAGAUGGACAAUUGUGGCUUCAACCCAGCCUCCCAGUGCUGCAUGGAGAAUGGACCAAACUACUUAGAUUCUGUCCUGGACAUGGACGUUAUAUGCCGGAAGGUCAAUGACUCUGGGCUUGGAGUGGUUGUGUCAGUAUCUAAGGAUGCGGGGCGGUAUCUGUGUGACUAUACCUACUACACCUCGCUGUACUUGACCCAGGGCCGGUCUGCCUUUAUCCAUGUACCUCCACUGGGGAAGCCCUACAGCAGCCAGGACCUGGCCAGAGCCCUUCAGACCAUAGUGUUGGAGAUGUCAGAGCUCCUGAAUCAAGCAGAGGAGCAGCAAAACCCCCAUGACCACUAACAUCAUUAGCAUACUAGCAUUAAAACCAGCAUGUCCACUAAUGAUACACUGUUAGUCCGGUGCCCUAAACUUAGUGUUACUUAAGGAGACCAUUAGGCCAAAUAGAUUAAAGUGAACUGCUGGCCUAUUUCUGGUAGGCCCCACAUUGCAGCACCGUUAAUAUGUUUUUAAUGGAUGAGGGGACCAAGAUUACUCGUUGAAUACCUCAUUUGGGUUCUUGACUCAAAAUUUUCAAAAACCUAAUGUGCUAAUGACUCCAGGAACUUUCAGUCCUCACAAACCUUACGAACUGCUCAGCUGAUGUGUUUGAAAGCCAAUGGCAUCACUUUGAGAAACAUCCAAUAUUUUGCUUCUCCCUGGAAUAUGUAAUUAGUGUAGAGAGGGAUGCCUCUGAAUUGGCUUCCUUCAGCAAUAAUAUUGAGCUAUUUGUGUUGUCAAAAAAUAUAUCAGCAUUGUAGUUGGUAGUUUUGAAAUUAUUCCAAAUUAUUAACACGGCAUCCUAGUCUUAGAUGAAUGGACAAUCAGCACUUACUGUGGUCUUGUGUGGUUGUUGGCACUGCCUGAGUAAAGGAUUCACUUGUGUGUAUGGGUGCCUCUGGGGAAAGAGGGGAGUGCUUUCACAGAGGCCCAAGCAAUACAAGACAUGAUGAUACAUUAGUGUACUAAAUUAGACACAUCAUGGUUUGGGACCCAGUAUCACAUCUUUUCAGGGGCCCCAGUAUUCUCUGUAGCGUCCCUGUAAUGUGUUGUGUGUGUGUGUGUGUGUGUGUGUGCUUUACAUACACAACCUUUGUAAAUGAAACUGAUACUAUGACAAUUAUCCCUCAGAAAAUGCAUGGUUACAUUAACUUUGCAUUACUUGAGAAGGGGCAAUUUAGUUACUACAAUAAAAGGGCAAUAGUCCGUGCUCAUAAGUUGAAUGUGGCUGUGGCUAGACCCAGUGUACCGUGUGAUGUUUUAUACUUAUGGUCCAUUUGCUGUGUAACAUUUUUGGUGCAUAUCUCCUCAUGUUAGCUUUGUGUUUAAUUUUUAUAAUUUCAGGUUCAGAAACAGAAAUCGGAAACACUGUCAUUUCAUUUCAUGCACUUGCACACAUGAAAUGAAAUGAAACAUCGUUUCUCCCAGCCCACAGCAGUGCAACACAAAGACAAAAACACAUAUCCAAAAACUACAAGCACUACAAGAACACAUAUGUAAACUUUAAAAAAAAGUCACUGUUGUUCCAUGCUUGAUUUUUCGUUACUCCAGCCGUUGAAUUCCUCUCGGGUAUAUUGUUGGCUACUAUUGCAUUGUAAUUAUCCUCUCAUCCUCUUGUUUUGUGUUUGCUCCAGAGAAAUAUGAAGAAUCGAGAAAAAACAACAACAAUGAAACAUAUUUUAAGAUUUAUGAAUGAUCCACGUUUGAAUUUGUUUUUAAUCUCAGGGAAUUUGUUCAUACAAUCAGUAUUGAUGGAAAUAAGAAAUAGCACGUCUGUCAUUUGUAUGUAGUUUAAAAUCCUGUAUGUAAGACUGAGGCUGUAUGUAAUUGGAAGACAAU